GUUUGUAUAAUACAUAUAUGUUGGUGUACAAUAAUAUUAUAAUAUAGUAAUAUUUUAGUAAAAUAACAGCUUUGGAAAUGAAGUGGCUUUCUUUGUAAAAACAGGAACCCUAAAAAAAAAAGCAGCUGACUGCCAACUAGCGCCUUGACAAUGUUUCUCAACACCCGUCCCUAGCCUGUGGCAUUGAGGCUGUCCUUGGCAACAAGGCUUAAAAAUGCACCACCCUCCCAGUCCGCUCCCAAUCCCAGUCCGCUCCAAUCACAUCACUGUGGUUUCCAAACUCUGCCCUCUAGAACGGCUUCAUCACAGUGGCAUAAUACAAAGUGUUACCCAGGAGUGAAGAGGUGCUGGUGGCAGUUGCCAUGACUCUGUCAGGAGAUGUGUGUGUUGUGACGGGAGCCUGCGGGUUUCUGGGCAAAAAGCUGGUCAGACUGUUGCUGGAAGAGGAGAAGCUUGCUGAGAUCCGACUGCUGGAUAGAAACAUCCAGUCUGAGCUGAUACAGUCUCUUGAUGAUUGUAAGGGAGAGACUAAGGUGAGUGUUUUUGAGGGGGAUAUAAGGGAUUGUGAGCUACUGAAAAGAGCCUGUAAAGGAGCAGCACUUGUUUUCCACACUGCAUCUCUCAUUGAUGUCAUUGGAGCAGUUGAAUACAGUGAAUUAUAUGGAGUCAAUGUUAAAGGAACACAGCUGCUGCUCGAAACCUGCAUCAAAGAAAAUGUGGCCUCCUUCAUUUACACCAGCAGCAUUGAGGUGGCUGGUCCCAAUUCCCGAGGUGAUCCAAUCAUUAACGGCAAUGAGGACACCCCUUACUCCUGUUGUCUUAAGUUUAAGUACAGCAAAACCAAGCAGGAGGCUGAACAGAUUUGCCUUCAAGCCAAUGGAGAGCUGCUCCAUAAUGGAGGUCAGCUGGCAACUUGUGCAUUAAGGCCCAUGUACAUCUAUGGACCAGGCUGUCGAUUUACUGUAGGCCACAUGAGGGAUGGAAUCCGCAACAGAAAUGUUCUGCUGAGAAUGUCACGACGUGAGGCAAAAGUGAAUCCUGUCUAUGUGGGAAACGCAGCCCUGGCACAUCUACAGGCAGCUCGGGCUCUCAAAGAUUCCCAGAAAAGGGCCGUGAUGGGUGGAAACUUCUAUUACAUCUCAGACAACACCCCACCUGUUAGCUACUCUGAUUUUAACUAUGCUGUUCUUUCACCAUUAGGCUUUGGGAUACAAGAGAGGCCCAUUCUACCCUUCCCGCUUUUGUAUCUUUUGUCGUUCUUCAUGGAAUUACUGCACGUUGUGCUCCGACCCUUCCUAAAGUUCACUCCUUCCCUAAAUAGGCAGCUACUGACCAUGUUAAACACACCCUUUAGUUUCUCAUAUCAAAAGGCCCAUAGGGAUUUUGGAUAUAGCCCUCGCUAUGACUGGGAAGAGGCACGUAAGUGCACUAGCGAUUGGUUAGCAUCUGUCUUAGCCAAAGAGAAACAACGAAUUAACUUAAAAUAAAUUAACAAAAUGUUUAAUAAUACUGUGCUAACUUUAUUUCUAAGCAUCCAUGCUCUGUCUAUUGUUAAACUUGUAAACUUUCCUUCUAAUUUAAUUCAUGGUAGUAGAAAACAUUAGCUUUCUAAAGUUUUAUGUCAAAUGGCUUGUAA